AUACAUGUAGCGAUGGGAUAUGGAAUUGAAUCUACCAAAACGAAUGAACAUUUUUGGUUGUCAAAUAGUGCAUGUUAAGUUUUCAAUAUAAUUAGUCCUCAACUUAGGAUUAAUUAAUAUGUCGGACGGUGAAGAUGAUUUCAUGUGCGAAGAAGAAGAAGAUUAUGGUUUAGAAUAUUCAGAAGACUCAAACUCAGAGCCUGAUGUAGAUUUAGAAAAUCAAUAUUAUAAUAGCAAAGCGUUAAAAGAAGAUGAUCCGAAAGCUGCUUUACAGAGCUUCCAAAAAGUUUUGGAUUUGGAAGCCGGAGAUAAAGGAGAAUGGGGUUUCAAGGCUCUUAAACAAAUGAUAAAAAUUAAUUUUAAAUUGAAUAAUUAUAAAGAGAUGAUGGCAAGAUAUAAACAGUUAUUAACAUACAUCAAAAGUGCAGUUACACGAAAUCAUUCAGAAAAAUCCAUUAAUUCUAUCUUAGACUAUAUUAGUACAUCAAAAAAUAUGGAAUUAUUACAAGAUUUUUAUGAAACUACUCUAGAUGCUUUAAAAGAUGCAAAAAAUGAUCGAUUAUGGUUUAAAACUAAUACCAAACUGGGGAAAUUAUAUUUUGAUAGAUCAGAUUUCAAUAAACUAGCUAAAAUAUUGAAACAACUUCAUCAAAGUUGUCAAACUGACGAUGGAGAAGAUGAUUUGAAAAAAGGAACCCAGCUUUUAGAAAUAUAUGCUUUGGAAAUCCAGAUGUACACUGCCCAGAAAAAUAAUAAAAAGCUAAAGACACUAUAUGAACAAAGUUUGCACAUUAAGAGUGCAAUACCUCAUCCUCUUAUAAUGGGAGUAAUUAGAGAGUGUGGAGGUAAAAUGCAUUUAAGAGAAGGAGAAUUUGAAAAAGCGCAUACAGAUUUUUUUGAAGCUUUUAAAAAUUACGAUGAAUCUGGCUCACCAAGACGAACUACAUGCUUGAAAUAUUUAGUUUUAGCUAAUAUGUUAAUGAAAUCAGGCAUUAAUCCAUUCGAUUCUCAAGAAGCUAAACCGUAUAAAAAUGAUCCUGAAAUAUUAGCUAUGACGAAUCUUGUGGUGAGCUACCAGAACAAUGACAUUAAUCAGUUUGAGUUAAUCUUGAAACAAAAUAGAAAUAAUAUUAUGGAUGAUCCUUUUAUUCGAGAACAUAUUGAAGAUUUACUUCGUAACAUACGAACUCAAGUGCUCAUUAAAUUGAUAAAACCAUAUACAAGAAUUCAUAUCCCUUUUAUCAGCAAAGAAUUGAAUAUUGAUGCGGCUGAAGUUGAAAGUUUACUCGUUUCUUGUAUUUUAGAUAGCAGUAUCCGAGGCCGAAUUGAUCAGGUAAAUCAAGUUCUCGAAUUAGAUAAAACAUCUCUUUGUGCCGCUCGUUAUAAUGCUUUAGACAAAUGGACGAGUCAAUUGCAUUCAUUGCAUUUAGCAGUAGUUAACAAAAUGUCAUAAAUAACAUCAGUUAACUUGAAUACAAACCUUAUUAUUAUAAUUACUGUGAAUAGUAUGGAAACUCGAUUAUCUCUUAAGGACUAAUGUGAAACAAAAAAAAAAUAAAAACGAGUGUGAUAUUUUAUACGUAAAA